AUGGCACCUGCGACACCCAACACAGCUCAAACAUCAACAGGCAGUCUCUCCAAGAAAGGCAAGAAACGAUCUCGGGAAGACGAUAGCGACGGCGAAUACAAAGAAAACAAAACACCCACCUCCAACAAACGCCGUGCAACUCGGUCGACUACCGCAGCAGCUAGACGGGCCAUCGUGAAACCAAUAAAACCACUCCCACUAAACCACGUCGUCCAAGUAGAACGCAAAAUCGACCUCGCAGAACUUGCUCCCCAGCCCCUACGAAUAAGCUACAAACCUCAUCCGCUCGAAGACCGUUCAGACGCCUGGUACACCGAGAUGCUCCGGCGCCUGUUCCGCCAAACGGAUAAAUUCGCAACCCACUACUUCGGCGUGCACGAUCUGGACGCAGGCGAGUUCUUCGAGCCGUGGGCAGCGGGCAUGACGGACGAGUUUAUCACCUGGGCAGAGCAAGUAGCCGAAUCAGAUCCGAACUUGGGGACGGGAAGCUGGGAUGAUCUACUCAGGGACACGGUGCAGAGGAAGUGGCUGGUUAUGGGGAUCUUGAUGAAGAUUGUUCGGGUGAAGAUCUUUGAUGUGGAUUUGUUUGGGGCGGAGAAGGAGCAGGCGGAGCUGCUGCAUGGACUUUCGAGAGCGUUUGUCGGGCGUGAGGAAGGAUUCGGCCGUCAAGCCUUAAGAGCGGAAACAGUAAGAACAAUCAUCGGCCGCAACGCAGUAACAGAGAACUUCUACUCCUCCGUCGCCACACUCACCGCUCAAAUCUCACUCCUUCUCAAGCCACUAACCGACUACCUCUACGGCAUGCAACCGCGUUUCGGAAUCCCUUUGCCUAAAAUCGAAGACCAGUACCAAGCUCUCCACAACCUGGUUUCAACAGCCGCCUAUUUGUCCCUCUGCAUCAAGUUCUCCCCCACAAUCUUCACCUUCAACGACGUCUCUCCGGGCACCUUCUACGACGAAACAGACCACUACAGUCUUGAAAACCGCCUGUACUUAGACAGCCAAGAAGCCGUGCUCACCGACCAUCGCCUCCGGCUUGAAAUCUUCCUCGAUCGCCGCGCCCACUUGAACGCCGCCCUCGAUACCUUUAUAAAUGCCGGGAAACGAGAGACGCGCGCAGGAAUCAAGGCAGAUGCAGCGCUUGCUGCACAUGAGACGAAAGUACCCACCCCUGUAGAUAGAGAUUAUAGAGCUAUGUGCAAGAUUGGUGUUUGGCCGGUGGUGACGAGGUAUAAGCCGGGGCAAGAUGAGGAUGAUGAGAUGGGUGAAUGUAGUAGGCUUUUGAGGGAGAAGGAUGGGUUUCGCGUUUUGCAGUUGGCGAGGGGCGCGGUGGUGUGCUAUUAUGGGUGGAAUAGGCGGGAUAUGCAUGGUAGAUUGGAGCCGAAUCCUGCGGGGGAGAGGACGGGAUUGAGGUGUUGGGUUAGGGGUAAGACGGAGAAGAAGGGACUGGGUGAUAGAGGCAAGGUGGUUGCGGGGUUAGGCGCUGCGGUUGUGGGCGUCAUGAUGGUGGGUGGGUUGGGGAUGUUGUCCGAUAGCUUUCCGGUGGUGCAGGGGAUGGAUUAUAUUGAAGCGGGGAGGUUUUUUGCUUGUGAGGUGUUGAGCGUUUGCCAUACAUAG